AGCGCUCUUCCGACCUCGUUCUGGAACACAUGGUCAUCUCCACUUGAGAUAUUUUCUGUGAUAUCCUAGAUUUAGACCGCGUUUGAAGCGGUUAACCCACCUUCAAAAUGGUCCUCGAUACCAUAGGAGAGGUCCUGGAUAUGUUCAAGAACAGCUUUCCGUUAUCUUUCCUGUUUUUCAUCCCGAUCUUCAUAAUAAUCUCUCCUGUGAGCCCGGUGAAUGCCGCUCAUGAAUUUGCGGCUUAUCGAAUGCAGCAGUACGACAUCCACGGAACACAUUACGGCUGUAAGAGUGCACUUGUGAACAUGGAAGCCAGACCAAUUGAUGCAAAGAUGAUCACCAGACGCUGCAUCAUUGUGAGACUCCAAGAAAUCUCAAUUUCUAGAUACCGUGAUCUGAUCCAGGAAAAUGCUGGGGCAUUAAUGAUCCUCCUCCCCAGGAACCUGACAACAAUCACAGAACAAGAGAAAAAGAACCUGGAGAUCCUAGAGAGAGACAUCCUGUCAGAGGAUACAUCCGUCCCUGUGUACUUUUCCCCAGAGACGGAUGACCUGAUCCAGAUCCAUGCUGACCUACAGAGUGGCAGUUCUGGAGACCAGGCAAAUACUGCAGUUGAUGCUCUGUUGGGUGCUGCUACUGCCAACGGUUUCCAAAUCGUAGUCAAUGGUGCUCAGUCCAGAAGUCUUCCAGACUUUCAAAUCACAAAUCUACAGGGGCACCUGUCAGGAUUUGGGAUAGAAGAACAGCUGCCAUCUAUUGUAAUUGUAGCACACUACGAUUCCUUCGGUGUGGCUCCUAGUCUGGCUCAGGGUGCUGACUCCAAUGGCAGUGGUGUAAUUGCACUUUUGGAGUUGUCAAGACUGUUUGCCAAGCUGUUCACAAAUUCCCGCACACAUGCCAAAUACAACCUCAUCUUCCUUUUGUCAGGAGGUGGAAAAUUUAAUUACCAGGGCACCAAACGUUGGAUAGAGGACAACAUCGACUCACCAGACAAUAACUUGCUGACAGAUGUUGCAUAUGUACUAUGUCUGGACAGUCUUGGUGACUCUGACCAGCUUUUCCUCCAUGUCUCAAAACCUCCCAAAGAGGGCACACCAGGGCACACCUUCUUAAAGAAUCUUGAGGAUGUCAUCAAGACAUUUUUCCCAAAGACGUCGUUCAAAAUGGUGCACAAGAAAAUAAACUUAGCAGACGACAUGUUGUCAUGGGAACAUGAGCGCUUCAGUGUUAAACGUCUUCCAGCUUUCACCGUGUCACAUAUGGAGUCUCAUAAAUCACCAGAAAAAACCACUAUCAUGGAUACAAGAGAUAAGGUUGACACCCAAAAGUUAAGCCAAAACAUCCGUGUGAUAGCAGAGAGCCUGGCCAGACAUCUGUACAACCUGACUAACCAGCCAAACCUCAGACUUUUCACAGAUGCGCUGGAUGUCCAAGAAAGUCUAGUAUCAGCCUGGCUUGACCAGCUCACUGCUCAGCCUCGUGCCAUGCAGCUCCUAGGAAAGGACAGCGGUUUGCUCAAUACCCUAGAGGAGACAAUGAAUCGUUACCUCAAGGAUGUUCGUAGGACAACAUUGAAGGCUGAUAAAAGAGAUCCAGAAUUUAUGUUCUACGAUGGUGCUAUGUAUCAGAUGAGUGCUUAUAAUGUAAAACCAGCCAUUUUUGACUUGUUCCUCGCCAUGGGAAUAGUUGGAUACUUGACUGUUGUGUACUUUGCAGUAUUGAAUUUCCAUUACUUUUAUGGAGCUUUACGCAGUGUGACAAGCCCAAAGAGAAUGAAAGUGCAGUAGAGAUUUGAUGUGUGAGAGAAAAGGUUCAUCAGCAUGUAAGAGCUUCUUGAAAAGAAGAUUCAGACACAAGAACAUUUAAAGAACAAAGGCUUCUUAUGCAAAAGAUUUUUUUAUACUAUUUCUAGAUUAAAUUUGUAUUUAAUGCAAAAGAAAUUCCAUUUAUUGUGAUAUGUUUUAAAUGUCCCACACCCAGAAUAUUUUUGUUAUAUUCAACAGGUGUACAUGACAAGGGUAACUGAAACUUGGGUUUAUGUUUUCUCUUGUUCAAAUGAGAAGAUUCUACAGCUUCAAUUGAAAGUUUGAUGAGUGCAAUUUUUUCGUGGAAGAAAAACCAUAACUGCAGUUUUGAACAAAGAACAAAACAAAAAAUAAUUGGCAUUACAAUAUCAUGGUACAAAAACAAUUUUUUUAUGCAUGUUAAUUUGUAAUGUCAACAGGUAAAAAUUGUGUUAACAGUAACACACAUCAUAGUAAGAAUGUACAUAUUACUUACAUUUCUAUUUAUAUACUAUCUUUUAAUUAUAUAUGAAAAAAGGCUUUACAUUCUCAUGGCUGUUUUUUUUUGUGUAAUUGAUCUCAUACAGCUGUACAUUUGUUAUUUUAUACAAUGCAAAAGGACAUUGUAUUUGAGUUAGAUAUAACUAGAUUUUAACAGCUGCAUUUACUGUAAGGUGUAAUAUGUUAUUACUGUGUUAAUCAGAUAUAACCAGUAUGUUCCGAAAUUUAUAUAUUUGUGAGGUUAUUUUUGUCAGCAAAGCAAUCUUGUUGUAUAUCUAGAUAUUGUUGUAAACAGAAUGGGUUGAUGUUAUUGUAUAUUAACCUGUAAUUAAACAGUUAAAAUGUUCUGUGUAGUAAUUAUAAUCAGUAUGGAUAACUUCUACUUGAUAACACCAUAUUUUAAUUUAAUUGUUAAAGAUAUACAACAUUCUGAUACUCAAAUUGAGAGUUUAAUUGCCUAAAAAUGAUAAAAUAUAAUAUCAAGUCUAUAUAAUAUCCAAUUUAAACAUGUGUAUUAAAUUGUUUUAUUGUUUUCUUCAUCAAAAUUAUGCCUUCAUAAGGCAUGAUGUUUGCUUUUUGUAACUGAGGCCAUAAUCAAAUUGUCUCAUUUCGAUUCAUCCGCUAGGGAUCAAGCCCUAUGCCUUUGGCUUAAUAGCCUACUCAACUAAUCAAGCUAAAGAGAAGGUUUUUUUUAUAGCCAGGUGUUAAACUUUACGGCAAGAGCCUAUAAAAACAAAUUGUUUUUUAUUCCAAAGUGCAUUCCUUUGUGUUGUUUUAAGUCUACCAACACGAUCUAAUUUUAUGUCUGAAUAACAGGCUUCAGCUGGCAGCUCAUGGAUAUCUUAGCUCAGAAUGUUAUAGUUAACUUGAUUCUUCUUCACAACUUUAAUAAUUUUACAUGUUAAAUUUCUUCUUUUAGUCAAAAUCUAAUUAAACUUUUUCUGCAUUAACAUUUGAUUUACAAAAUGCAAGUUUUUAUAAGUAUUUCAUUUGAUUCUGAUAAAAAUCCAAAGAAUUUACACAAAGUAGGGCAAUUUUGUUUAAGGUAGAAAACGAUACAAAUGCAAAGCUACUUUUUAGAUAUGCUUUAUUUAUGUGUUGUUUAAAAAAGAACAAUUAGCGCAACGAAAAUAAGAAAAACAGUAUACUCAACAAAUGCAAUGUGUGGAAGUCACUUAAUGCAUUGCCCACUACAUUCAUAGCAGCAUACAUGAUGGCUGUUCCGAAAUACAUUCUAAAAACCAUUGAAAGUCUUUGUCUAACUAGUACACUGAAUUGGCUGAUCUCAACAAAUUAAACUUAAGAGACUUUUGCAAUUAACCUGGCAUUGCCUUUAACAUCAAACCAAGUACAACUGCAGCUAAAGGUGAAAGGCUGAUGAUUUGGGACAGAAUAUACUCUGUAGCUGUUUGUUUGAUCCGGUGUUCUAUUCCAAUGCGUUGACUUUAUAUUACAUGGAUUGAUUGAGGUUGAAGUAAGCUGUGUAGUGUUUUAUUGCUCAAGGAAACGCCCCCACCCCCUAAUUUGAAGUUUUUCCAUGUGUGUGUUGUUGUUUUUGUAGUUAUGUCCUGAUAAUUUUCCAGAAUUGCAAAAAAAACCUUCAGGGAUUGUUACGCUGUAUAUUUGAUGCUGUACACGUUUUGAUGGUAUUUAUCAGUAGGUGUUACAAUAAAGACCUUGUGAAGAUCUCGUCUAUUGUA